UCCAACAACUCUGAAUCAUUAUUAUCAAAAUAAGAAAGAGCUCGGCUUGUUUCUCCGACGGUUCCUUAAUAUAAAUCUUUCUUUUUUGCUAAAGCCAUAAUAUAAACUUUCUUGAACAAAAGAAAAAAACGUCAAUAACGUUCUUUUGUGGUGUUGUUAGAGUUCUUGUGAAUGUCUGGAACGAAUCCAUCGAAGUCGCCGGAGUUAGAAGGAACUGAAACCGUUCCUUUUCGCCGGAGAUUGGUAACGGCUCAAAGAGGUCAAAGAGUUUUCGCUCCAAAGCUACUGGAGGCUCUUCGUAGAUCAAGAAGAAGUUCAGAGGGCCCGGCGAGCCAUAUUAGUCGGAGGUGGGGAGAUACGACGGCGCAGAAGGUUUAUUCUUUGAAGCUCUACGACGCUCUCCAGCGAUCACGGCGGAGCACAACGGUCCGAGACACGGCCGACAAAGUGCUAGCGGCUACAGCUCGUGGUACGACUCGGUGGAGCCGAGCCAUAUUGGUCAGUCGACUCGGGAGGAGUCUGCGGCGACACAAGAAGACAAAGCCGGCGUCGGCGGUCAGGGGAGGUGGAGGAGGGAGGAGGAAGUUGUCGGCGGUGGGAAAUCGGGUCCGAGUGUUGGGUGGUUUGGUGCCAGGUUGCCGGAGAACGGCGUUGCCGGAGCUUUUGGACGAGACGGCUGAUUACAUAGCGGCGUUGGAAAUGCAAGUCCGAGCCAUGACGGCUCUAUCGAAAAUUAUGUCUGAGUUUCAGCCGUCCGAUAAACUUGGCUCUGCCUAAUAGCCGAGUGCAUGAGCCGAUGGUGUGUAAUAGUAUUUGUUUUGAUUAAUUUUUCUACGAAUUUAUUAUCCGAAUGCCUUAUUAUUUAUCAAUUGUUUGCCAUUGAAACAAAAGUCAAAAUUAAUUACCAAUUGGACGAAAAUAUUGCCUAUUUUUGUUGUUGUUUUAA